AUGUCUCUUAUACUACCCUACCUACAGGGCCAGGCCAGCCGUGCGUCGGGAACCUGCUGCCUGGUGGCAGGGGCUCUGUGGUGGUAUUUCGUUUCUAAGGGCGUUGAGUAUCUGGACACAGUGUUUUUCAUUCUGAGGAAGAAAUUCAACCAGGUUACUUUCCUGCACGUUUACCACCACUGCACCAUGUUCACGCUCUGGUGGAUCGGCAUCAAAUGGGUGGCAGGAGGACAGUCGUUCUUUGGAGCACACAUGAACGCAGCAAUCCACGUCUUAAUGUACCUGUAUUAUGGCCUGGCCUCCUGCGGACCUAAGAUCCAAAAGUACCUGUGGUGGAAGAAAUACUUGACCAUCGUCCAGAUGAUCCAGUUCCACGUCACCAUCGGCCACACAGCCCUGUCUCUCUACGUCGACUGCGACUUCCCUCACUGGAUGCAUUACUCCCUCAUCUGCUACGCCAUCACCUUCAUCGUCCUCUUCGGGAACUUUUACUACCAGACCUACCGCCGCCAGCUGCCUAGGCGCGACGCCUCCUUUUCCAAAGCAGGGAAGGCCCUCUCUAACGGGAGCCUCAACGGGCUCAGCAAGGCCGCCAACGGAGCCAUGGUGUUGGGGAACAAAGAGGAGAAAACCCAGGAGAGCUCUGGGAGGAGAAAGAGGAAAGGAAGAGCUAAAAGAGAUUAGAGGAAGAGGAGCGAGAGAGGUAGAGGUGAGGUAGGGCCUUGCUAUGGGUUCUAGGUUGAUUGUGCUAAAACACGAGAGACUUAAUGUGAGGAAGAUAGAUGGAUGGAUGCGUUAGGAUGUGUUUAUUUAAGCCAUGAUCUAAGUUGUCGUAGAUAAAAUAUGAGACAUGCUUGUGUUGAGAGGAUUGUUUUGUUAGUAAGAGGUGUCAAAGGUCAUGCCCAAGGUUAUAAUAACGCAAAAUACAGUAGUGUAAGGUAGGGGAUAGAUCUUAGCAUUCCCCCUCUUUAUUGUGGUGCCAAGUACUGUAGAUCUGGUUCAAAAAGUGACUUUCAGCGACUAAAAACUGAGCCUGGAGAGGAAACACCGUUUACCAGUCCUGCUAGGCAUGCUGGGAAAGCUACAUCAAAUGCAUCUGAGCUGCUUGAAAAAUCAUUGUUAUUGUUACUGCUGUAUUGAGACAGGAAUACGCAUCAUAACAUAUGCACCAACUUAUAUUUAUGUCUAUCAUUUUAAUGUGUUUCACUUUUACAUAUUUAAAACUGUUGAUCAUGUACAGUUUCAUGUCAUUCAUAUCCUCAUCCUAUUCAAGCUGUUAUUAAUGUUACGUGAAAGAGUCUUAAGUUUGCAGUUUACUGAAUACACACUAUUUAACCUUUAUUUCAAGUUGUGGACUCCACCACUCACCUUUGAGCUGUCACCCAUAGGGGCAAAGUUACAGAGGUAAAAUAAAUCAAUAACCGGAGGUAAUAUGUACAUAGAAAUAGAAAUAGCUGUCUAUUUCUGUACACAACCCUAUCAGGUUUUAUACAUCCCUACGUGUGUGUAAUGUGAUGAAAUGUAAUGCAUAAUAUCCAGGGAAAGGAUGGAUCUGAUGAUUAUCUCAGUGUUACCUCAAUCUGACAGAAAGGCUGGUGGAGUUUUGUCUUUGCAGAUGUUUACUUGUCUUUUUAUAAUAUAUCUGACGUUGUUGUUUGUCUUACAUGCCGGUGAAUAUGUUGUGUGCCGAACAGAGAAGUGGUGGUGGAGAAUUCAAAACAACAAGCUAACUAUUAAGCCUAUCUUGAGCACCAUUUUUUUCCCAUAUCCAAACCAAUAUCUCUUUGUGUCUAUACUUUCAGGUUUAAUCUGAGUCCUGACCUGGAUGAAUGUAAAUGUAUGAAAACAUUUGGAUUCAGCAAGAUAAUAGCUUGGAUUUAUAAACAAAAUGAGCUGGUUAACUGGUUCUACAGUGACUUUGUACUAUGAAGACUAACGUUUCUCUGCCUAUAUAGAGUAUAAAUCACAAUUGAUCUGCAAAUCCAGCUUUAUAUCCUCCAUUAACAAUGCAUUUUAAUGUUAUUAAUUGUUUUUUUAUUUUUUAUGUAAAUAUCAAUUUUCAUGUUACUGAGAGUGCUUGUCUGUGUAUUUAUGUUCUUUUUGUGCUGUACAUAAUUACAUAUUACAUUGUGAUAUUUUGUACACUGCGCAUUUGGGGAUGUUCCCAGCCUGUAAGCUUGGACGUUUAUAUGUCCACAUUGCUUCUGUGUUUUUUUUUUAAAAGUAUCAUAACUCUCUUCAAAUUCAAUUAAACGGAAUGCCUGUACAAAUG